AGCAUCAUGUCUGAGCUUCAAGAGCGCACAUUCAUUGCCAUCAAGCCCGAUGGCGUGCAGCGAGGCAUCAUUGGGGAGAUCAUUAAACGUUUUGAGAUGAAAGGCUUCAAACUUGUGGGCAUGAAGAUGAUCCAGGCCUCCGAAGACCUCCUUAUGCAGCACUAUAUUGACCUGAAGGAAAGGCCCUUCUUUCCUUCCCUCGUCAGCUACAUGAGUUCGGGGCCAGUAGUUGCCAUGGUGUGGGAAGGUAAGGGUGUGGUUAAGACUGGCCGGGUGAUGCUGGGGGAGACGAAUCCUGCCGAUUCCAAACCCGGAACUAUCCGAGGAGACUUCUGUAUCGAUGUCAGCAAGAACAUCAUCCACGGCAGUGAUUCGGUGGCGAGCGCCAACAAGGAAAUCAGCUUGUGGUUCAAGCCAGAAGAACUGGCCAGCUACACGAGCUGUGCCUUCAGCUGGCUUUACUGA